UAAAAUGAGAAACGGAUGUAAGAGGAAGUGGGAAAAGGUGGUGUAAAUGGGAAGAUUCAGCGUUAGGACAGGAAGCAGAAAUGCGGUGAAGUGUGUGUGAGUGGGUGUGGCGGGUUGUGUAUACUGGACGGUAGCUUUACCUAUUGUUGGAAAACUUUUUUGUUGGGAUAGAGAUUCUGCCACCAGAGACAUCUACUUUCGAAUUUCAAUUCCUUCCGAGACUCCCUCGUCUGGUGAUCCCGUUGGGCGCAUUUCUUCCUGACCACUCAACUUCGCCACUAGCCAGACAAUUGUUACAAAGUAUCAAAGCUUGGCUUCUAAUCAACAAUUCACACUACAGGUGUACAUCUUUUAUCUACCUGCACCGGUCCGAAACCAGUGAUGCACAAAAGCACGAUAUAUACGGAUUCUGCGGAGACGCCCUCUAAAACUCAACCUGAAUCACCCUUUUAUGAUUUCUAGUUUAGAAAUUCAUAGAGUAUUUAUGCAUUUUAAUUCGUUUUUGUCAAUGCUCUGCCGGCUCAUCUCAUUUUUAUUUUUCAAAUGUUUGCAGCAAAGGAAUUAAGAGGAGGUAAAAAUAUGGUUUGCCCGAAAUAGUUUUCACGCGUCUUGGUAAAUUGAUAUGUAGCUGAUUAGCAUUGCUUAAUAUGUCCAAUGCAUUGAUUUUAAAGAACUUGAGCUUGUUUCAGAUGUUCAACCUUCACUUUUGAGAAGCAGAACAGAUGUGUCCAAUAUUGUCACUGCCCAGUUACAUUGGACUGCAGUAUGUAAAGUAUGCAUGUAGGUAUUCAGGAAGACUCACCUUUUCCCUGGAGACUUUUCCGUAGAUACAUUCCAAUUCAACAAAGUGGAAAUAAAUACAUUAUCUACAAUAGGUUAGCGUGACUGAAAAUAUCUAAGAGGCAAUAUUUCACAUGUUUUGUAUUAUAUAUUAUAGCUUCGUUUAGAAACAGAGAUGUAGAUAGAAAAUAGGUGCAGGAGGAGGCCAUUCGGCCCUUCGAGCCGGCGCCGCCAUUCAUUGCGUUCAUGGCUGAUCGUCCCCAAUCCCCGGUUUCUAUUUUCACCAAUCCAAUUUGUGGUGGUCUAUCAAAGCAAGGUCAUGAAAGGUGCAUAGAGUGCACUCACUUAGUGGAUCCUUAUUUCAGUCAUUGGUGAGAUAUUUUGAGGAAUGUACCUUUAUGUGUCUAUUGGGAAUUUUAUUCUAUUGGAUUCUGCAGCGGGAGAGACAUGGAGCUCCGCUGCAUGGAAAUAAACCUUUAGGCCGACUGUGUCCACGGCGAUCAUUUGGCAUUCCGUGCUAGUUCCCAGUUCCCGCAUGUGAUCGACAACCCUCCAAUCUCUCCACAUUCGCAGACAUGGCUAAAUAUCUUUGAAACGUCUUAAUUGGACUCGUUCUUAUAUUAAAUUUAUUUAACUUCAGAUAUAAGGAGACUACAGACUGAUGUCGAGGAAAGUUUCAAGCAAACUAAGCAAGAACUUGAUGCAAUUAAAAAUUACAUGAAAAUACCAGGGAAGGGUGAAGUCAAAGAUCCUGACCGGCUGAAAAAAGCACUUGCUGAUAUUGACGCGCUAAUGGAAAAAAAUGCAGAUUUGGAAAAACUUAUUGCGGAGAGCAUGAAACAGAUGCUCGCAAAAGAUAUAGAGAUUGAAAUUCUCAAGUUAAAGGUGUCAAACGAAGGCAGAAGCGACACAGGACGCGAAGGAACCAUCAGAGUAUUGACACGGCCUCACCGAUCAAUGACACUGGAGAAUCAGUUGAUAAGCAGAGCUGGCAGUGAAGAAAUACGGGAUUUGAAACUCGAACUGCAAAAAACUAGAGACGAACUGAGACAAAAAGAGCGAGAACUAGAAAAAGCAAACGAAAACACCAAAAGCGCAGUCACGGAUACUGGAAAAGACAAUGCCAGAGAAGUCGAAAAACUGAAAGAGAGUCUGAGAAACGCAGAAAGCGAAAUACGCAGAAAGGACAUUGAGUUGGAUGAACUGAAAAGACGGUUGCGGGAUCAAACUGAUAAAGAGACAGGUCACAUGAAAGAAGACGAGACAAGGUUGCGGGAAACAAGAACGGAAAUAGAACAAAUACAAGCAAUUCGCAAAGAUAUCGGUAAGACAUGUUUAUCUAUAGUUUGGAGGAUCGUGAGUGGAGGGAACCAAAGCCAUUAAUUCAGAGUGGAUACCAUAGUGUACCAUUUUGACUCCGCAAAUCAAUUCCUUUCUUUGUCCUCGUGAGGUCGGGUGCCUCCAGCCUUCCGUUGAAGUAAUUUCCGCUGAGUUUGGCUCCCGUAUCCGGCGAUCGGACCGUCUGCAUCGAGGCGAUCAUGCUCCCGCAUCGGGAAAUCUCAGCUACCCGCUCCGGGCGAUCGAAACGCGGGUCGGGGCUGGUAACUACCUUGUAGCUACACGUUAUCAGUCUCUACUUGAGACUGGGAGCUCCUCGAUGUCAUAAAGGUAAUAUGUCGUCGUAAUUGUGCAGGAAGGAACUGAAGAUGCAGCUUUACAUAAACGAUAGACACAAAAUGCUGGAUGAACUCAGCGGAACAGGCUGCACCUCUGGGUAGAAGGAAUGCGUGUCGUUUCAGGUCAAGGCCCUUGUUCGGCUUGAGAGUCAGAGGCUAGGGCGGCACAGAUGGAAAGAAGGUAGACAAAAGUGCUGGAGAAACUCAGCGCAGAAACUUCGAGCGCAGGAAAUAGGCAACGUUUCGGGCCAAAACCCUUCUUCAGACAGAUGGAAAUAAUGUAUGUUGUGAAAAUAAGACAUAGUACAACGACCGGCCUGACUGUCCCCGUGAUUUACUCUGUUACCUGUGUAUGCUUCGUUGUCAUGGCAACAAUUCUAACAAUGAUCGAUUAUACAUUCUCCUUGAUCAUCGUCCUCUUUUAUGUCUUAUAUUCACACCCUACAUUCUUUAGCACUGUGUCGCCCUCUCCGCCGACUCUCAGUCUCAAGAAGACUCUGGACCCGAAACGUUACCCAUUCCUUCAACCUGGAGAACCUAGUUGCCGCGCUGAGUUAUUCCAGCAUUUUGCAUCUAUUUUCAUUUCGU